UAUAUACCGCGCGACAAAAAUUUUGAGGCUGUAUUCAUAUUUUUGUUUUUGUGCAUUAUUUUUCUGUCUCGCAGCCUAGGUUCUAAGGUGGCACCGGACCGCUCCUGGGAAAGGGACGCGACAAAAAAUCACCGCCAUUAACAUACCAUGCCUCUGACCGAGGGAGUGGGGUCGUGUGCCAACACCUAGUGUUUUUUUCAUAUUUUUUGUCUUAUGGCUUUGUAUUCAUAUUUUUGUUUUUUAUACAUUAUUUUCUUGCCUCGCAGCCUAGGUUUCAAGGGGGCACCGGACCACUUCCAGAGAGACGGGGAUAGCACGAACCGCACUCCUCCCACUGACGUCACGGCAAUGGGGCCCCCGGACGUCGGCAUGACGUUCCGGUAGCGGUACCCCCCGAGGUAGUUAAGGAGCGGCCAGUACUGAUGAUGGGGACGGUAACCACACCAUUCAGUGGAAGCCACUUCACCCCCCACACAGAGGUAGUUAGGUGCGGCAAGGGCUGGGCAGGAAGGUAGUCAAGAGAUGGUGGGGCGGGGCCCUGGAAGCAUCCAUGCAGGAAUCCCCAUUCACCCUCCGCCACCAGCGACUUACCGCGUGCAAGCAGAUGGUAUUAGAUUUGACCCCUCGUUGCGGUGAGGGAGCCUUUUCGAGCCUCUGUCAUUGCACAUCCUACCAUCAUGUCAAUCAUUAUCACAAACCAUCCUCACCCUCCCCAUGCACAUAACACCACAACAUUUUUUAUACUUCUCUUUUCUUUAGCAGGUUGGCCUUUUUGCAGGAAGAGUCACAGGACACGAGCAGAAAGGACCGACACCGCUUUUUCACCCACCACAUUACAUCAUACAUUAAAUAUCCCUGCCAUCACCAAAUCACUCUACUACUAUCCAUGGUUCGGAACCCACGUAAAACUGUAGGUCCCUCCGCUAUACGGAUGUACUUCUUCCUCUGUCCUUCUUUGAACCAAUAAAAAGCAAAAAAAAAAACCCUUUUUACUCUGACUGUCCUUCACUCCUUUUUCACAUCCUGAUGGUGCAGGCUCUGGAUAGUCUGGCCCCUAACUUGUGCGUGGUUUGGCCCGGGGUUUUGGGUGCGUGGGCGGCGUCCGUGGCUGUGGCUGUGUUGGGCUUGGCUUGCUCGGUUGGUGGCGGACUCUCCUGCUUUCCCCGAUAAGGACCUUGUCUCCCUUGCCAUCUUAGCAUGAAUAUAACACGUAAAAAAAAAAAAAAAAAAAAAAAAAAAAAGAUGUCCUUCCUCAUUGAAAUUGCGCCUGUGUUAAGCCCCAGUGACUAUUUCUCCUACUACAAUUCCCUUCUUAUCACCCCCCUAUUCUUCCCACUAUCCCCACUUCCCCCUCCCCAUCUUUUCUCUCUUUGUUAUGUUUAUGUUAUGUUAUUUUGAGGCACAUUCGUGAGCUUCCUGUUAGACCGUUCGGACGUCGUACUAGCAGCUCUCAUCACCAUGACUGGCCGUGGCAAGGGAGGCAAGGGUCUUGGAAAGGGAGGCGCCAAGCGUCACCGUAAGGUUCUGCGUGAUAACAUCCAGGGAAUCACCAAGCCUGCUAUCCGUCGUCUAGCUCGCCGAGGUGGCGUCAAGCGCAUCUCUGGUCUCAUCUACGAGGAGACUCGUGGGGUGCUCAAGGUGUUCCUUGAGAACGUUAUCAGGGAUUCUGUCACCUAUACCGAGCACGCCAAGCGUAAGACCGUUACUGCCAUGGACGUUGUCUACGCCCUCAAGCGUCAGGGCCGUACCCUGUACGGAUUUGGUGGUUAAAUCGCUCCAUUAUUGAGAUGGUGCCAGCUAUUCAGCUUGCAUUAUCAUCAUUGAAUAACAUCAUCUCCCGGACCUUUUUAAGGUCCACAAACAUGAAAAGAAAGAAGGACCAUAGACUACUAUUAUUA